UGGAUUUUCCGUGAAUAUGUCUAUUGAAAUGCCAUCUAGUAUUGAAUGCAUACGUAGUUGGACACAUAAACUUAAAAUAAAGAAAACAGACUGCAAGGCUGUAAUUAAGACUGUGGAUAACAGCUCCUUGGACAUUAGCGGCUUUUUUCUAGAUAUCUGGAUUUCUCAGGUCUACCUACCUCGAAUGUGGGUAGAGAAGCAUCCCAACAAAAUGAGUGAGGCUUGCAUGCUUGUAUUCCAACCAGAGUUUGAAACAGCAUUUCAAGAACAGGAGCUGUCCAGUGAAAUUAUUAUUUUAUUAGAUUGCUCGAAUUCUAUGGCAGGUUCAGCUCUACACCAAGCAAAGCAGAUUGCUUUACAUGUUUUGGAACUAUUUUGGGUCAGACAAAGAGUGAAUGUAGUCAAAUUUGGCACAAAUUUCACAGAAUUUUCUUCUUGUUCAAUGAACAUCAUAAAUGAUUUGGCAUCACUGAAGGAGUUUAUUACAUCUGCUACUGCAACAUUGGGAAACACUGAUUUAUGGAAGACCUUACAUUACUUAAGCCUGCUAUUUCCUUCUCAAGGACACCGUAACAUUCUUCUAAUAUCAGAUGGACACAUUCAGAAUGAGAGUGUGACUUUCCAGAUUGUGAAAGACAAUGUCCAACAUACAAGGUUAUUUACAUGUGGUGUUGGUUCCACAGCAAAUCGUCACAUGCUGAGAUCUUUGUCCCAAUACGGUGCUGGAGCAUUUGAAUACUUUGACCCAAAAUCAAAGUAUAACUGGGAGGCAAAGAUACAGAGCCAAGUAUCUAGAAUAUUUUCUCCAGGAUGCAGUUCAGUUUCUAUUAAAUGGCAACAGUUUAAUAUAGGUGCACUAGAGCCAAUGCAGGCUCCUGCUCAAAUACAGUCUUUAUUUAACAAUGAGAGACUUCUUGUCUAUGGAUUCAUCCCUCACUGUACUCAGGCCACCCUAAGAGCAGUAAUAAAUAACCAAGAACUAGAGACCGUGGUGUCAACUACUGAACUACAGAAGACGACAGGAACAGUGCUGCACAAACUUGCAGCAAGAGCUUUCAUUAAUGACUAUGAAGAUGGGAUUCUUCAUGAGAAUGAAACAGAACAUGAGAUGAAGAAACAAGUCUUGAAAAACAUGAUUAUUCACUUCAGCUUGGAGAACUCCGUUAUAAGCCAGUUUACAAGUUUCGUUGCGGUUGAGAAAAGGGAUGCUAAUGAAAAUUGUUCUGCUGAUGCUCCAAACAUCCUGAAAAUUAUAGCUCAAGAAGAUGUAGAUUUUUUACCUUACAUGGACUGGGACCAAAAGUCAAUGGAAUCUGGCUUAUUUUCAGAAGGAAUUGCCUUUGGUGCCCUGGGAUGUUCCCCAGCAGUAGCUGAUUUUUGUUCAGCGGAUGUCCUAAGUGAGGAAGUUGAACCUGAAAGCUUCCAAUUUCAAUCCAAAGAAGUUCCUAUUACUCAAAAGAGCAUCUCACCAAAAAGCAUGGCAAAGGGCUUUGCGAAUGCUUCUGAACUUAAACAUAAUGUCUGCAAUCUGAAAUCAAACUUCUGUUUUCAUAGUAGUACCCCAAUGAAGAGACCAUCUGGAACACAGUCACCUUCACUAUAUGACUUUCAUCUGCCAAAUGUUGCUGAACCUUUCUCAUCAUUUGGUUUUAAACCUUUUAAGCCAGUAGGAGGAAUUGAUCUGACUCAACAAAAACCACUUCAGACACCUGCACUUGAAAAAUCAGAUGUUUGUGUGGACAUUCCUGAACGUGCUCCUCCUUCUAUCCCUCCUCCUGCCUGUCUUUUUCAAAUGCCAGUGGGAGGCAGGAAACGUGUUGAUUCUUCUUCUGUUGCUGCAAUGCAGGGUUUAGUAUUGCUUAGUUCACCUGCUGCACGCACAAAUUCCGAAAAGAAUCAUGUUGAAAAACAACUUACUCCGAAAUCUCGUGUUGCAUUGCGACAGUUAAGGUGUUACACAAAGGUAGCACGUCAGUGUGAUGUUACGGCUCCUGAAGAAGGAUUUAGUAAGGAGUUUAAGGCUGUGGAACAAUCAAGAUGUUUUAUGACAACAGAAAAAGAAAGGAUUCAACAGAGAAUUUUGUUGUCUUCUGUCAACUGGAAAGAAAUUUUUGCACUCCAAAAUCAGGAUGGUUCUUGGAAUCUCAGUCCACAGUUGGGAAAAAUCUUGAAUUUUGAUGCUGAUGAUUUAAUUAACAAUUUCCUUAUUAGAAAAGGCAUUCAGUCACUUGGCCCAAAUGGAAAAGAAAUGCUACUGAAGUUGAUUGCUACUCUUCUUGUGCUACAGUUCAUACGCUGCACAAAGGAAUUGAAAGGGAUAGUUUUCAAAACACUGAUGAAACUGGAUGAAUCAUCUAAUUCAAGUGGUGUUCACUGGGCUUUUGAGUUGAUCAAGAAAGCAAUAGAGUGGGUAAGAAGAGUUGAGAGGCGAUUUCCAUCUAUUUGCUAUCGACUUGAACUUGGGAAAGACUGGGACUCUGCCACGAAGAAGAUACUGG